AUGAGGAGUGGGGCGGAAGCCCAGAAAAAAGUGGGUGUAGGGGCGGUGGCAGUGCCCGAGAUUGUCAUCCCCAAGAAGAGAGGAAAGCGGUCAACUCUUGCGGUCCCGGUGAGUUCUGGACUAGGACCGGGUCCGAGGUUAGCUGAGCGGACUUCCUUGUAUCGUAGCGUUUCAAACGUGUACAAGGUAACGAAUGGUGAGAGUUUAUGUCUGUCGGCGCACUGUAAAGGACAGUCUUGUCGUGACUGGGUAGGGAAGAGCCAGUGCCACUUGCCACUGGUGAUGUAUUCAGCUCAGAAUGGUGCGUUGAUUGAGAAUUUGUUUAAGUCCUUUAACGCCAAGUUGCGCCACUGUCCCGUCGAUGUGUGGAGAAAACGUGCGCAGGCUCUGUACAACCGUCAUAACGAAUACGCCCACCUACAGGACCCUUGCAAGUGGCCGCCUCUAAGCUUCGGUCCUCACCAUCCCUGUCUCUAUGACACUGUCCAAGUCGAUGAGCCAGACGGGAUCAAACGUUAUCGGUCGAUAAAAUUGCCAAUACCGCAGGAACUCAUUCCACAAGUAGUUGGCAUGGCUAACAAGCUUAGGGAACUCAAGGAGAAUAAAGAUAUGGCUAAGAAAGUCAAACCGUUUCUUACAGGUGAUCCUUCUUGGGUAAAUAACAUAAAAGUGGAGCCUAUUACAGAUCCGCGGCAUCCGGCGUAUUCGCCAAGUGUUACCCAGUACCGAGCGGUGGCAACGCAACGAAUCCCGAAAGGGGCCUUAGUCGGUCCACCGGUGUACGCCGGAGUGUUUCGCCAGACGAAUGAGACGGACGCCCUGGAACUUAAUUCCGACGGCACCAUGGCGAACCGGUGGGCGUACAGCUUUGGGGUGGGACUCUUCGGGUCGGGUGACACGGCAGAGGAAGGAGAAGACGAGGGACGGGCCCGGUUGCACUUCGACGCGAUCAAGCUGUCUCUUGUUGGCGAUACGGAAGGACCGGUGGACCGUGUUGUCUCUGAGACUGAGACGAUUGGGUCUGAAACGGUUGGGUCUGAGACCAUUGGUUCUCGACCCCAGAGCCGUGCGGGUCGCCGAAAUCGUGGGGCUCCGGUGGAGAUCGAUGGCAUAAACACCCGUCAUCGUAAGACGGAGAUCGAGCGGGUGUCUGACGACAUGGUCAACUGGGACGUGGAAGCAGCGCAAUUCCGAAACGAGCUGGCGAUGGUUAACGACCCGAAGGGUUUUGGUGAGGUAUUGGGCUUCAGCAAGCAGCAGGAGUUGGAUGGGAACGCAGAGACGUUGAUUUGGUCGUUGUUUAAUAUCCCGUGUAUAGCGUACAAGGCGAAGCGUACAAUCGGGGUCGGGGAGGAGAUUUUGAUUGAGUACGGGUAUCAUUAUUGGCACCGGCAGCAACUGAUGGCUUGGUGUAAGUCGGAGAAUACAUAUGUGCGAGCGCAGCAGAGUCAAGCGAAUGCUCGCUAUCAGGAACUGGAGGAGCAGCUAUUUAGUUUGCGGAAGCAACGACAAGAGGAUGAACGUGUUAAGAUCCAUCUGGAGUCCUUGGUCCGUGAGGCACGUAGUAAGGGGGAAGAAUAUGAUAAAUACUCCGAGAUGCUCAAGACAACGGAGGCCAAACUUUGCAAAAAAUUAAAUGAAUUAGAGGAACUAGAAACCGAUCUGAAACGCAUGGAAUUAGCCAAGCUCUGCAUCCAACAGAAAAACCUACAAUUAGAACGAAAGAUUAUCGACGUCGAACGUACUUGUAACAGGACUGCAGAAACACUACAGACUAUACAGGAACAAUCACUAAUAAAAACAAUGGUAGAGACAGCUGGAAAUAGUGUUACUACCAAGACGGUUAAGUAUUGCUUGUAUAGUGAACUUGCACAGGACCUUGGAUAUGGCAGCAAACAUAUUCUAAGUGACAAUCCGGAAACACAUUAUUCAAACUGUAAAUUCUAUAAGGAACCAUUAAUCAGAUCACAGGUUACUAUAUGCGAUCGUUGCGGUACAAGGUAUAGAUUAGGACCUUAUUCUAAAGAUCAACAUGAUACAGUAUGUAUGACAAUCAUUGAAUCAAACAAAAGAUUGCAUCAAAAGAAAUUGGAUCUCACCAAACAAUAUGAUUCAAGUGCUAUUAGUGGUAUACAAAAUGUGUUGGGGAAAAUGCUGUUGCCCGAUUUGACCAAAUUUGAAGAGUACUCUCAUCAUGGUAUGCUUAAAAGUAUUCUGGACUUGGUUACUUGGGAUAGUAGGUUGUCAUCUAUACUAAGAAUGGUUAUAAUUAGUGUAACUGAUGGGUUUAAUCAAGCCAUCAAGGAGACCAGCUAUCAACGACCAAAGGUUGAUACGGGCGGUGAUGAUACGGGCGGUGAUGAUACGGGCGGUGAUGAUACGGGUGGUGAUGAUAUACUUAUUACUCGAUUGUUAUUAAGAGAAUAUCCUAUGUUGAAUGAAUCAUAUGAGCAAGGUAAUUCUUUAAGGGCUGUAUUGAUGUCAUUAGUCAAUAAUUAUGAGUUAUGUCGUAUAGUCUGUAGUGAUCACUUCAAGCAUUUUUUAUUACCAAGUUGGCCUCUUGAGCUAGAUUGGCUAUACCAGAUCGCCAAGACUCUGUUUGGCUACUUCACGGAUUUCCCCAACUUGGCCAAAGAGCACGUAACACUAAGCUACAUAAAUGAUCUGCGACUGUGUCUUAAACAGCUUGAUUGCAAGCUUAAUACUCUUCCGUUCUGUAAGUUCCUGCACGCAGGGCCUGAGAAACUCGGUUUAAAACUCAACAUCCAAUAUACAUGCACGGAUCUUACUACCGUGGUCCACGAGUACUACUCACAGUUCAAGUGGCCGAGCCGGCCUCUGCUCAAGUUGCCAGAUCCAUCUAUAGCAAGACAGAUCUGUAACCAGAUCGUGUCAGGUUCGCUUCGCUCUCAACAACCGGGAACCAAGGGUCAUCCUGUUAAACUAGAAGACUCGUCCGCGUCGGAAAUGGCAUCGGAGUCCGUGUCGGAGCCUGCUCAUCAGAACAAAAGGUCCUUGUCCAUUGUUGAGAACGAAAUGGACAACAUGGAACGCGGCAAAAAACUCCGGUUCAUUCAUCCCGCGGCCGAUCCUAUAACCCUCAAAGAAGAAGACGGUAUCUUCGUGGAUCAGCUUAAUCAACAGAUACUGACGGACGAACGAGAUAAUGUAAGUAGUACCGUGAGUAUGCCCGGUAGCACUACCUCGAACUACGGUGCUUCCAACAACGGUGCUUCCAACAACGGUGCUUCCAACAACGGUGCUUCCAACAACGGUGCUUCCAACAACGGUGCUUCCAACAACGGCAUCUCGACCAGUGUUAUCCUGUCCCUGACCAGUGGUACCUCGGACGCCGCUUCAUACGUCCAAGUCCUGAACACACUGAUGCCCGUGAUGUCGUUGUAUUGGGGUACUGGCGCAGUCCCCGAACGGCCAUGCGGUCAGUGCGUGAUUUCUGACGAAGUGGAUCUGGACAAUGGCUUCCGCGUAGUGCGGGAAGAAGCCCCUGAGUUACGAAGGCUGCUGCCAGGGGCUGAGGUCGGAGUAGAAGACGCGGUCAAGCCCUCCGUGAGUAUGUUUAAGUUCAGAACCAUUGCAGAAAGACCGCUGGCUGACUCGCAGGAUGGAAUGGUGGGUGGAAGCAACGUGAAGGAUAGUGUGCAGGGUCAGGCCGUUGGGCAAAGGGAGACGAUGGUCCGGUUGGGAUGUGGCCUAGGUCUGCCGUUGUACCGGACUUGGGCGGUCGAUCUGCUGCUGAACGUUUUUUCGGCAGAACCGACGAUGGAACCCAAGAUGGACAGGCCCGGGGACGGACCGAGAAGAUACAAGCACCUCAUACCAUUAGUCGGGGCUCACUUUAGUCAUGGGAGUGGAACCCGUCAUCAAGGAAACGGCAACUCUUCAUUCCCUCUGUUAUCUCUCUUAUGUCACUGGGAGAAGAAGAAACUCAAAUACUGCAAUUGGGCACUACCCGGCCUCGAUCAAGCGCCAGAAAGAAGGGAAGGAGGAAGAGAUGGUGGAAGGGGAGGGCUGAUAGUUCUGGAGCCGAAAUUCCACGUAGACAGGCGAAUUGCUUCUCCGGGAGGGGAUAUCGAGCUUUUGGACGGGCUUGUGAAAUUGCACCUACUUCAUGUCCCUUCCCACGGACUCAUUUUAGUCAAGGAGUCCGGGACUGUUGACCCCGGGAUCGGGACUGUUGACCCCGGGAUCGGGACUGUUGACCCCGGGAUCGGGACUGUUGACCCCGGGACCGGGACUGUUGACCCCGGGACCGGGACUGUUGACCCCGGGACCGGGACUGUUGACCCCGGGACCGGGACUGUUGACCCACAGAGUGUAGGUAUCAAGAGGGAAGGCAAUGAUUCUUCGUCUGUCAUCUGCGCGGAUACAAGUGGGAGACGACGCACGUGUGUUAUAUACAAGCCAUUCGCAUCGUUAGACGGAGCGCAUCUAAACGAAUCCCUCAAUAUUGAUACCAUUGGCUUUUGUGUGCCUCUUCCUCAAGAUGAAAGAGAUGAAAACGGUGUUCUCAUCAAAUUUGGUCAAACGAGACAGUCAAAGCUUUGUUUAGUAAGAGCGGAUAUCUCGUUACAGAAUAAUACAAGUCUCUAG